ACCUGUCUCUCCAAAGGCAAGGCCUUUGCUUGUUUGCAUCACACAGAUGUCAAAUGUAUAAAAAAAAAUUGUAUUUUGUUUAACAGAAUCCUUACAGAAGUAGUCUAUUUUGAUAGUUUAUGAGGAGGAUUAUUGAUAUGAUAGCCCUUGUUAGAAGUUAAAGCAAAUAUAUAUAUUGGUCCGUUAAGUUGAUUGUUUUGUUGCUUCACCCUAUCUAAUUCCUCUCAAGAGGAGAAGGGACUAAUUUCUUUACAAGAAAUGAUUUCUAUUACCAUUCAUCUCCACCCUUUUGUCUCCUCCAGCUUCAGCCACCUUUCAGUGCCAUGGAGGAUGCAGACAUCUUGGCUGCAGACUGCGUCGUCAUAUGUUGCUGUUGCCCUUGCUUGAUCAUUCAGCUCAUCGUCUUUGUCUUGCUCAAACUUCCCUACAAAUUGGCCCAGAAGUCCCAGAGAUUCGCCCGGAGAAAACUUGGCAAGACAAAGUGGAGAAAGAAGAUAACAGGAGGAGAUCCAUACAGACAGGUGCUGAGGAGAAUUGUUGAAGCAAAUUCUUCAAGCAUUCAAGUAAUGGGGGUUCCCGUUCCUCUCAACCACCAUCACCGUCAGCAUGGUUGUGGGUGCUCCAUGGCAGAGAUUGACAAGGUUUUUGAGGAAUUAUCCCUACAGGGAGAGUUUGGUUUUGGGAGCUUUUGGGGGAGGAAGCAGGAAUCAGGAAACUUCUCCCCAAAGUUAGGCCAGGACCAAGACCAGAAGGAAUAUGAAAAUGUUGUACGCUAUCAUUUCAUUCAAGUUAUAAACCCUUUAAAGUAUUUAUCAUAAUCCAGUAAUGUUGUAUAUGAGAA